UAAAUGUAGUAGGCUGGCGGUGUACCGGCGGAUCAGGACGUAUUGGUGUGUAUUUUAGACUUAAAUACUCGCUCUUUCAUUUGGAGGUUUUCUACAUACAUAAUCGACACUUGUAGUAACUCUCCGGUAUACAUAUAGUAGGUUAGAUCAUUACCCACGGGAUUUUAUACAAACACUUUGGACUUAACAUGAUCUGAGUGGUAUAUACACGGACCCCUAUGUCACCUAGUACACACACACUACGGGGUAUACUGACCGCGAGUGGGGGAAAACUAACGUCGGUCGGCACUCUAGGGCAUUAGGCAAGCAACUGCACCUCCCCUGUGUAAUCUCCGUGCCAAGGAACACUGCAGAUUUUGUUUGGUAGAAACGGUUGAUUGCUGCAACAUUUGGAGUCCCAUUGCCUGAAGCAGGUGCUCGGUUUUUAAUGAGUAAUGAGUUCUGAUUGUGUUAAAUAGUGUUCGUUUAGCAUCUUUCUGAGUUGUUUUCUGAAUUGUGAACAUGUUGGAUGUUAGGACAGAUAUGAUGUUGGUGGUGACCGCUCUGUUGGUGGUCUUUGUGAUGGACACAAGCGCUCAGGAUCGGGCGCGACAAAGAUACUCUUGGCAGCAGGAUAGGAGCAGACGACAGCAACUCAAGGGACCUAAUGUAUGCGGCUCCACCCGGCAAUACUGCUGCAGAGGCUGGACCAGACCCACCAACAACAUCAGAUGUGUCAUACCGAUCUGUGUUCGGAACUGUGAUGGAGGGAUAUGCAUGCGUCCUAACCAGUGUCUAUGUCCGACCGGCAACAUCUCACCCGCCUGCCGAACAACACCUGUAUGUACCCAAAGCUGUAUGAAUGGAGGUCGUUGUGUUGGAAAUGACCGUUGUUCUUGUUCCUAUGGAUUUUCUGGUCGGAGGUGUGAACAUGAUUACAGAACUGGACCCUGUUUUACUCAAAUCUCGGACAACAUGUGCCGUGGUCAGCUGACCGGAGUUGUGUGUACUAAGGCCCUGUGCUGUGCCACUAUAGGCAAGGCCUGGGGAAAGCCCUGUGAGCAGUGUCCCUUACAUUCUCAGCCUUGUCGUAGGGGCUACAUUCCUAAUUUACAAGCUCAAAACUGUCAGGAUGUUAAUGAGUGUGCUGCCAUACCUGGGCUGUGUGUGGGAGGCAGCUGUGUGAACACCCCUGGCUCCUACCGGUGUGAAUGUAAGGCAGGACAGAGCCAGAAUCCCAUCACUCAGGUCUGUGAGGAUAUAAAUGAGUGUGAAACCAUUCCAAACACAUGUGAAAAUGGAAAAUGUACCAAUACAGAAGGCAGCUAUUUCUGUGUAUGUGAUCCGGGCUAUGAAACCAAUGCUGACCGCACACAGUGUGCAGUUUUUAAGAGGAAGACAUGUUUUAGCCGCAUCUCCGCGGGAACCUGUGCUGAUCCCAUGGGAAUCCUGUUGUCCUUGCGCGACUGCUGCUGUGAGAUGGGGAAAGGCUGGGGCAAUUCCUCCAUUUGUCAACUCUGUCCCGAAAAAAACUCAGAUGCCCACAGAGAACUAUGUGUAGUGUCUGAUUUGAAGAGGAAUGAGUGUAGCCUGUUUCCCACAUUGUGUACCAACGCUCGGUGUGUCAACACGUUACAGGCCUACCGUUGUGACUGUAAUGCUGGAUUCAAACCUACAAGUGAUCCGGAUGUUUGUAUCGAUAUUAAUGAGUGUCGAGAGGAUCCUCGGCUUUGCUUGAAUGGACUUUGUGUGAAUACAGAAGGAAGCUUUAGGUGUGAAUGUAAUGCAGGCUAUACUUUGUCUACGGAUGGCCGCUAUUGUACAGACAUGAACGAGUGUGAUACAAGUGGAAUGUGUCCCAAUGGACGUUGUGUCAACAUGAACGGUGGCUAUAAGUGUGAAUGCAACACCGGCUAUCGACAGUCUACCAACCAGCAGAUUUGUUUUGAUUUGAAUGAAUGCACAGAGAAUGGGAAGCUGUGCACCAAUGGCAUGUGUGAGAACAUGGAAGGGUCAUUCAGAUGUGUGUGUAACCCUGGCUUUCAGCUGUCACCAGACGGAGCCUUCUGUCUAGAUUACAACGAGUGUGCCACAACUAGAAUGUGUACCCAUGGUCGCUGUAUCAACAUGAACGGUGGCUACAAGUGUAUAUGUAACAUCGGCUUCAUGUCUACCCCCGACAACCGAGCGUGUAUUGAUAUAAAUGAGUGUAAGGCCAGACAGUCGCCAUGCGUCAAUGGGAUCUGCAUCAACAACCAGGGCAGCUUCAGGUGCGAGUGUCCUCCAAACUUCCGCAUGGGACCAGAGGGCAGGACGUGCAUUGACACCAGACGGGCCCAGUGUUAUAGAGAGUACAGGAGCGGCCGCUGCUCCAGUGCUCUGCAAACCCUAAUGUCCAAGGCUAUGUGUUGUUGUAUGGACACUGGUGGGGUCAACAUUCUAAAGGGUUGGGGACAGAGGUGUGAGCCCUGCCCCACCCCGGGGGAUAGGGGCUACAGUGACUUGUGUCGGGACAUUGGAAGGACUCCUGAUGGUGACAUCAACGAGUGCCGGUUGAAUCCUUUUAUUUGUGUGAAUGGAGCCUGUGAGAACAGGGAUGGCAGCUAUAGGUGUUUAUGUAACCCUGGAUUUGAGUCUGACCCAACUGGGAAGUUAUGCAAUGAUAUCAAUGAGUGUGUGAAGUACCCCAACUAUUGUGAUGGAGGCCAGUGUCGUAACACACUAGGAAGUUACCAGUGCACCUGUCAAGCUGGUUACCAGUUCAACCAGAGAACCUCUAGUUGUGAAGACCAGAACGAGUGUGAAAGCAACCCCUGUACUGAUGGAGACUGUAUCAACUCCCCAGGCAGUUUCCGCUGUGACUGCCGUGAGUCGGGCGCCUCCCUCGACUCCACGGGCAGGAUCUGUGUUGACAACAGGAAGGGAGCGUGCUGGCUGGAGAUUCGGGACAGGAUGUGUGAGAACAAUCUGAAGACGCUGGUAACAAAGGCCGAGUGUUGUGGAAGUAUCGGCAAGGCUUGGGGCAGCCCUUGUGAAAUAUGUCCACCCCAAUCGCAAUUAAAAUGCCCCCCUGGGUAUGCACCAAAGAGUGGAGUUUGUAUUGACAUCAAUGAGUGUGAGCUGUACUCAAACCUUUGUCAGGGUGGAGGUGAAUGUGUGAACUCAGUAGGAUCCUUCACUUGUAACUGUCCACCUGGUCUUAGUCUGGAUUCCUCAGGCCGCAACUGUGUUGACCUGAGAGAGUCUACCUGUUACCUUGGGUUCUCCAGAGGUAGCUGUACCAACCCUCUGUCAGGCACGUAUCUCAAAGCGGAUUGCUGCUGCUCCUUGGGUAAAGGCUGGGGAACUGCUUGCACUGCAUGUCCAGCUCAUGACUCGGCGGAGUACCAGUCUCUCUGCACCAUUGAUGGAGGCAGGCGGAAAGACAUCAAUGAGUGUCUGCUGUACCCAGGAAUCUGCAGUAAUGGCGUGUGUCAGAACACAUUCGGUAGUUUUGUAUGUUCCUGUAACCAAGGAUUUGCCCUUGACAACUCAGGCUUCAACUGUACAGACAUUGAUGAAUGCCGUAUAUCAUUUGGAGUGUGUGGUAAUGGAACUUGUCAGAACACACCUGGAAUGUUCCGAUGUUUGUGUAAUGAGGGCUUCAAGGGUGUCAUGAUGGAUCAGAUGUGUGUUGAUAUUGAUGAGUGUGACGAGCAGCCUGGCCUUUGUAGAGGGGGCUCCUGUGUCAACACCAUUGGUGGUCACUUUUGUGAGUGUCCUGAAGGUCAUGUCCUGUCACGUGAUGGUCAGUCCUGUACAGAUGUGGAUGAGUGUUCAGAGAGCCAGAGUAUCUGUAACAAUGGAAUAUGUGAGAACUUCAUGGGCGGCUAUCACUGUCGCUGUUUUGAUGGUUACGUAACCACCAGAGACCACACAACUUGUAUAGAUGAUAAUGAGUGUGCAGACAGAAAUGGCGGGUGUCAAUCUUUGUGUGUGAACACCCCCGGGUCAUUCGUGUGUGGCUGUGACCCUGGCUUCGUGCUUCUCCCUGACCAGAAGUCUUGUGGCGAUGUAAAUGAAUGUAAAGAGGAGGGCGACAUUUGUAAUGGUGGAAAAUGUACAAACCUUCCUGGGAGUUACAGGUGUACCUGUAUAGGGGGACUUACUCCCUCUGUAGAUGGAAAGAUGUGUCUAGAUGUGGAUGAAUGCAUUGCUAACAGAAACCUGUGUCUGAAUGGACAGUGUCAAAAUAACCAUGGGUCAUAUGUGUGCAUCUGUGAAACUGGAUUCUCGGUCAAGAUGGAGACGAGGAACCCUGGAUGUACAGAUGACAAUGAGUGCGAGUCAGGCUCAGCCGGAUGUGACUCCCAUGCUGUGUGUAUCAACACCAUUGGCUCUUACAAGUGUGACUGCAAACCUGGUUACACUGGUGAUGGCUUUACUUGUAGAGACAGUAACGAGUGUACACGUAACAAUGGAGGCUGCGACCUUGAUGCCACCUGUAUCAACGUCCCCGGUAGCUUCAAGUGUGUCUGUGAUGAUGGCUUUUCUGGCGACGGCUUCCAGUGCAGAGAUGUGGACGAGUGUACGCUGGACUCGACGCUCUGUGAGAAUGGACAGUGCCUCAACUUCCCUGGCGGAUUCCGAUGUGACUGUGACAUGGGAUUUUCACCCACGCUAGAUGAGAAGGCUUGUGUAGACAUUAACGAGUGCAAUACGUUCCACAACCUGUGUGUCAACGGCGAGUGUGAGAACUUGAUUGGCUUGUUCCGAUGUAACUGUAACCAAGGUUUCAGACUGGACGAAUCAGGUGGAAACUGUACAGAUAUAAACGAGUGCUCGAAUCCAGACAAUUGUCUGUACGGAACAUGUGUGAACACCCAGGGAGGCUAUAUCUGUAAUUGUCCCACGGGCUACGAGACCAACCCCACAGGAACAGGCUGUAUAGACAAGCGUCUGGGUACCUGCUACAUGACAGUUCCUGAGAACCGACAGUAUGGCGUGUGUAGAGAUGUGAUCACUCUGGACACAUACCGUGCUACCUGCUGUUGUAGUAUCGGACAGGGCUGGGGGGAGGAGCCUGGAUUUUGUGAGCGUUGCCCCGUCAAUGGCACAAGUGAAUAUAGGACAUUGUGCCCAGGUGGACCAGGCUUUAAGCCCUCUAUUGACCUGAUCCUCGAAGAUAUUGAUGAGUGUGAGGAGCUGCAGAAUAUCUGUAAGGGUGGCGAGUGUCAGAACACAUUUGGCAGCUUCAUCUGUGUGUGUCCCACUGGCUACAGACUCCACAACCACCAGUGUAUUGAUAUUAAUGAGUGUGUUGAGGACAGCACCCUUUGUGGAGAGGGAACCUGUAUGAACACUCAGGGCAGCUACAGAUGUGUGUGUCCCAAUGGCUACAUACCCAUGGAGGGCGAUAUUGACUGUAUGGACAUGAGAAAGGGUGACUGUUUCCCCACCUACUAUACUACCACACAGCCUCCCUUCACUCUGGUUUGUGAGAGUCCCAUCGCCUACAACAUCACGCGGGUCGACUGCUGUUGUACCACCAUCGGCCAGGCCUGGGGGCAACCCUGCGAGGCCUGUCCCCCCAAACGAUCAGCUGCUUAUGCCGACCUUUGUGAGCCCGAGAGGAUAGGAGAGGGUAUCAAUGAAUGCGAGAAAUUCCAAAGGAUCUGUGAAAAUGGUCGUUGUAUUGAUACCUUACAAAGCUUCAGGUGUGAAUGUUUUGAUGGCUACGAGUACAACCCAACAUCCUAUAAGUGUGAAGACAUUGACGAAUGCCAUUUGACGGGAGAGUCGCCCUGUAAAGGUUAUGCCCAGUGUAUCAACACCCCGGGUAGCUUUACCUGUCAGUGUCCACCAGGGUACAAGCUAUCUCCUGGGGGACGGCGCUGUCUCGAUGUGAAUGAGUGUGAGGAGCUGGCAGGUGUAUGUAUCAAUGGAGAAUGUGAUAACCUAGACGGCAGCUUUAGAUGUACCUGUUUCCCAGGCUUCCGACUCAACACUAACCGAGAUGCCUGCAUCGAUAGAAAUGAAUGUACAGCUAGACCUGGGCGCUGUAGGAAUGGAACGUGUGAGAAUCUUAUUGGAGGAUUCCGCUGCCAUUGCUCUCCUGGGUUCAUCGUGUCCGGCAACCAAGACUGCCAAGAUAUGCACCUGUAUUACUUUACAUUGUCUCAAUAUUGGUUGUUCUCUGGUGACCAGAUUGUAAGCAUUGUGACACNAUGUCAAAAUGGCCGCUGCAUCAACACGUUAGGCAGCUUUACCUGUGCAUGUCCCCAGGGUUUCCAGAUAACUAGAGACGGCAUGGACUGUCGAGAUAUUGAUGAAUGUGUGGAGCGAGACAAUGUAUGUCUGGCUGGAAGCUGUCUUAACAGUGAGGGCUCCUACAAGUGUAUCUGUCAUGAGGGCUACACAUUACAACAGUUGGACAACAACCAGUUUUGUAUUGAUGUGAACGAGUGUGAAACUGUUCCGGGUGUGUGUGCUAAUGGUCGGUGUGAGAACAUUGACGGAGGAUACCGCUGUCAGUGUCCACCUAACACCAUUCUCACGGAUGAUGGCAUGAUGUGUCUGGAUGUAAGGGAAGGAAAUUGCUUUGGGCGGUUUGCUAGUGGUCUUUGCCUUGAUGCCUUCACCAGGAAUAUGACCAAGGCAGCGUGCUGUUGUACAGUGGGACAGGCCUGGGGAAACACCAACCUGUGUGAGGUGUGUCCUCAGCGAGGUGAAGCCAGCUUUGAUGCAUUAUGUCCAGACACUGGAGUAAUCACAAGCCCCGACGGUGGAACUAUGGAUGUCAAUGAAUGCAUGAUGAUUCCUGGCCUCUGUGAGAACGGUCAGUGUGUCAAUACUGACGGGUCAUUCCGGUGCGAGUGUGGUCAAGGCUUCGUCUUGGACAAUACAGGUCGGAGAUGUGUGGAUGACAAUGAGUGUUUGGCUGGCAACAUCUGUGGAAACGGGACAUGCACCAAUGUCGAGGGAGGAUUCCAGUGUAACUGUGCCGACGGUUUUAUGCCAGGCAUGGACAAUACUUGUGAAGAUGUCAAUGAAUGCUUGACUGACCAGAACAACUGUGCCUUCCGCUGUGUAAACAUUCCCGGCUCCUUCCAGUGUAUCUGUCCUAAAGGGUACAACCUGGCACCAGACGGUAUUCACUGUCAAGAUGUGGACGAAUGUCUGGCGGGAGACCACCAGUGUCGGUAUGCCUGUAAGAAUCUUGUUGGCACGUUCAUGUGUGUCUGUCCAGAAGGCUACAGGGAGUUUGGACGCAACGACUGCAGAGACAUUGACGAGUGUGCCACAAUCCCUGACGCGUGUAGAAAUGGUCGCUGUAUCAACACCAUUGGCGGCUACAGGUGUCGCUGUCAACCUGGCUUCUCCACCAGUCUCGAUGGCAAGGAAUGUCGAGAUACUAGGGAAGACUACUGCUUCUUUGAUCUGACUGGGGGUCGCUGUAGAAUUGGACCGUCCAUCAGGAGAACCACACAGGUAGAAUGCUGCUGUACCGGGGCUGCUGCCUGGGGACGAGGCUGUGAACAGUGUCCCCGUGUCAACUCUAGACAGUUCAGGAAGAUGUGUCCAGAUGGACUAGGGACCAGACCUGGAGGAGAAGAUAUCAAUGAAUGCCUGAUAUUCCCUGGGAGGUGUAAGAAUGGUCAGUGCAUCAACAAGCCGGGAUCCUACGGUUGUAUCUGUGACCGUGGAUACAAGACCGAUCCAAUGGGCACCAGCUGUAUAGAUGUAAAUGAGUGUGAAGACCAGCGCUCACCGUGCGAGUUCACCUGUCUGAACCUGGUGGGCAGCUACAAGUGUACCUGUCCUCCUGGGUAUGUUCUCAACAUGGACGGCAAGACCUGCCGAGAUCUGGACGAGUGUGCCACAAUGCAGCAUAACUGUCAGCACAAAUGUAUCAACACCGUGGGCAGCUUUGAGUGUGGCUGUGCAACCGGAUUCCGUCGCGGCGUCGGUAACAGAUGUGUGGAUAUUAACGAGUGUGAGGAGCAGCCUCAGUUGUGUGGUCCUAAAGGAACCUGUAACAACACACCUGGCAGCUUCAGGUGUGUCUGUAUGAGAGGAUACAUUGUGGACCAAUCCGGCACAAAUUGUGUGGACAUCGAUGAAUGUGCUAAUGGGAAGUGUACGGAUGGCUGUGAGAACACCCCUGGUGCCUACCGCUGUCAGUGUCCACCAGGCUACACCCUGCACCCCUCUAUUGACCAGUGUAUAGAUGACAAUGAGUGUAACCUGCAGGGAGUGUGUGGACAGGCAGAGUGUAGCAACCAAGAGGGUAGCUACAACUGUUUCUGUCCGCCUGGACUCGAGUUUGACCCCAAUAUCAUGGCUUGUGUUGAUCUAAAUGUGUGCACCAGUCACCCCUGUCUGUUUGGUUGUUCACCCAGCGGAGCCUCUUUUGUGUGUGGAUGUCCGACAGGCUACCAGAGUAUUGGACAAGGCCAUUGUGUUUCCACCAUCACACCACCAGAGGGUGAUCUAAAUGAUAUAUACCCCAACGGCGAUAUCCCCCACGUUACCGCGCCUAAAGAUGGGUCAGUGCCCCAUGGGGAGGGGUGCUAUGAGUGUGAUAUUGAGGACAUGGACCUGCCCCUCAGCAAGCGCAGCAAGAGGGCUGCCAAACAUCAGAAUCACAAAGUGUCCAAUAGUGGUAAAAACAGAAGCCAGCAGCAUCAGAUGUCAAACAGUGCAUCAAGGUUCAACCAGAGUGUCCUUGACCCAGACAAGCCAAUAGUGCUAUACCUUAACAGGUCCAGCAUCCGACGGAAAACUAAAGUGAUGAAAGUGCUCCCCGCUCUGACUGCACUCAAGAACAAUAUCAGAUACUCAAUUGCACAGGGCAAUGAGCGAAAAAUGUUCAGCAUGCACCAACGUAAGGGCAUUAGUUCCUUACGGUUCAGGAGAAAACUUCACAAACCUAAGGUGUAUCAUCUCCGCAUUGCAGGUCGACCAAUUCACAAGAAGACAGAAAUUGCUGGUAAAAAUGUAAACCUUAAGAAAAUAGCAAUUCGACUAGAUAUCCAUCUUGUGAAUUAUCCCACCAUAAUGAAAGCCAUUUUGGCUGUUCUCGCUGCUGUGGUAUGUUGUACCUACGGCUCGCCUUUUAAACGGGAGCUGAAGACCGAAAAUGUAGACUUCCUCAUGCCCACCGUUCAACCCAAGGUGAAAGACACAUACCUCUGUUAUGGAAUGAAAAUGAAUGCAACUCCCACAUAUAUAGUCGGGUUUCACCCUCAUGCCAACAAAGACAUUGCCCAUCACAUGCUCUUGUACGGUUGUAAGGAGCCAGGCGUCAGGGGCGAUGACGCCAUCUGGAACUGUGGCGAGAUGGCCCACACCACCUCGACCUACUCAACAGCUGGGGUCUGUGGUUCAGGGCAACAGAUCGUCUACGCAUGGGCAAUGGACGCCCCGGCUCUCCAACUCCCUGAAGGCGUUGGCUUUAAGAUUGGAGGGGACACGGACAUCAACUACCUCGUCCUGCAGGUUCAUUACAAAGAUGUCUCGCCAUUUUUAGCUGGUGAAACUGACAGUUCUGGAAUUACCAUGGUAACGACAGAAAAACAAAUGCCGAAGAGAGCCGGCGUAUACCUGCUCGCGACUGGUGGAAGGAUCCCUGCUCAUUCCGUCGAAUACCUGGAGAGUGCUUGUCGACUAACGACUGACCUGACGUUACAUCCGUUCGCCUUUAGGACUCACACCCACAAACUAGGAAGGGUUGUGUCCGGAUACAGAAUCCGGGACGCUAAGUGGAAGGAAAUUGGCCGGAAAAGUCCUCAGGAACCCCAGAUGUUCUACAACGUCACCAGCCCAGGAAUGGAAAUAAAGAACAAUGAUGUUCUGGCUGCUCGUUGUACGAUGGAGAAUAGUCUAGACAGAGAUGUAUCUAUUGGUUCUACCCAAAAUGACGAGAUGUGCAAUUUCUAUAUGAUGUACUACGUUGAUGGCGACAAAAUCGCCGAACAGAACUCGUGUUUCUCCGCAGGCGCCCCCUACUACUCCUGGAAACAAUCCCAAUACGCUCGAAAGAUGAAUCUCAAAGACGAACCAUCGGCGGUCAGCCUGGUGCCAGGGGAGACAACUCCCAAGAAAAAGGGUCACGUAAGCAACAUCCAUCGUGCUGAGAGCCUCGUUGAAAAAGUACAAGGACCACGAAGCAACAGAAUCAGCGGUAAUGAUUUCGCGCGCUUACUGCAAGCUCUCAACACCGCUUACGAUUCUGAUUACAAGAUGUACGACAAUGUUCUUUAAAAUGACCGUUGUUACAUUC